GAGAUCGGACCCGAAUCAGCGAGCAAUAGUUCUUCAACCUCUCCAUGUUUGCCUCCCUCACCAACAGUAGUGUUCUGAUUUCGCGUUGCUUCAGUGUUUUGAUUCCGCGUAUCUCUUCCAUUGCUCCGACUCUACUACUCAGUUCCUCUGCCUUUGCUCCUAUGGAGAAUCAUGCCGAGAAGAACACCAAUCUCAAGAGCUCUUCAUUCUCAUCUCACGCUCAUGCUGGUCCAAGGGGAAGGGCAUUCGAGAUGAGAAAUGACAGAGAUAGAACAAGAGGGCGUGGCGGUGGAGGCGGAAAAGAUAAAAUCGAUGCCCUUGGGAGGCUUCUGACACGAAUUUUACGCCAUAUGGCAUCUGAAUUGAAUUUGAAUAUGCGGAGCGAUGGUUUUGUGAAGGUCAAUGAUCUACUGAAGCUGAAUAUGAAGACAUUUGCCAAUAUUCCCUUAAAAUCGCACACUAUUGAUGACGUCAGGGAGGCUGUCCGAAAGGAUAACAAGCAGCGGUUUAGCCUUAUAGAAGAGAAUGAGGAGCUGUUGAUACGAGCUAAUCAAGGCCACACAAUUACGGCUGUUGAAACUGAAAACUUGUUGAAACCAAUCCUUUCAGCUGAAGAAAUUCCCGUUUGUGUGCAUGGGACCUACAGAAGGAACUUGAAUUCAAUUUUAGAAUCUGGUCUGAAGCGCAUGAAGAGAUUGCACGUUCACUUUUCAUGUGGUUUACCAACAGACGGAGAAGUAAUAAGUGGUAUGAGACGGGAUGUCAAUGUUUUGAUCUUUCUAGAUGUUCGGAAAGCUUUGGACGAAGGCAUGAAGCUUUACAUUUCUGAAAAUAAGGUGAUAUUGACAGAAGGUUUUGAAGGGGUUGUGCCAGUUAAGUAUUUCGAGAAGAUAGAAUCAUGGCCAAGCAGACAACCAAUUCCAUUCUAAAUUUGCUGCACGAUUUCGCUAGUUUUCUGUUGGCCAGAAUUAUGUAAUUCCCUAUCACUAAAUAUAGAUUUGCGCUAGAUUAAAAUAUAUAUAUAUAUAUAUAUAUAUAGCUGAGGCAGAGCACAUAGCUUCCCUUCUGAGUUUUUUUUAUUAUUAUUAUUUUUUAAGAAAAUACAUCAAAGGGCUUAAUCUUGAACGUUUUCCUAUACCUCUCCCCAUUCUCCCUGCCUGAGCUAACCUCAUGUCAUUUUUAUUUUUAUUUUUUUGGCUUUUUUGGGUUCGAAUAAAUUAUGUAGAAUUUGUUUUUAGGCUUUGUUAAAAUUACAAACUUGAACGUUUUCCUAUACCUCCCCCCAUUCUCACUGCCUGAGCUAACCUCAUGUCAUUUUUAUUUUUAUUUUUUUGGCUUUUUUGGGUUCGAAUAAAUUAUGUAGAAUUUGUUUUUAGGCUUUGUUAAAAUUACAAACUUCUGAUGGGUUUAAUGGCCCACGCUUGUUCUCCCCAAAAAAAAAAAGCCCACGCUUGUAACUGACUGAAGCAACCAAUAAAUGAAUGUUCUAGCAAAAAAAAAAAAUUCAAU